AUGAGCGCUGACCUUUCAGGGCGCCAACUUCGCAGCUUGCAGGGCGUGCCCGAUUUGGACGCGUUAGUUGAUAGCAUUCCCACACGCGAGUUGCGACUCAGCAACAACCUGCUGGUGGACCUGUCUAGCCUUGAGCUCACGCUACAGCACGUGACGACUCUCGACCUGCGCCACAACCGUCUGCGCUCCUUGCAAGGCAUUGCACACCUCCCAAACGUGGUCGACUUGAACCUUGCUCACAAUCAGCUGCGAUCUCUUGCUGGAGUGGAGCGCCUUCCCCGCUUGCGGCAGCUCAACGCCAGCUACAACGCUCUUCGCUCCCUGCAUAGCCUCGCCAGUGCAGGCGCUGCUUGCCCGGAGCUGAGCUCUCUGUGCCUUCACAACAAUCACAUUCAACCCUUGGCCGACCUUGGCUGGCUGGCUGGUUUGAUCGCGCUUCGGAAACUGCGUCUUCGCGACCGCCCCGAUCGUCAGCUGCAGCUGCAAACUCAUGGCAACACCGUCUGUGAUCAGCUCAACUACGCCAGUACCAUCAUAGCCACGCCCGAGAUGGGCAGCCCAAUUUUCAGCGCGACCCGCUUGCAAAGGCGAGACAAGCUUUACAGACACCCGCUGCCCACAGUCAAGCAGGUGCGUUUUGCCUGUGGGGGAAUGCGUGCUAACUUUACGGCCACGUUGGAUGCAGAACAGCCAGUAACGCGAACGCGCAAGCGUCAGCACCAUCAGCUGCCCUGCCUCCUGACGUCCCUUCCCGCAUUCCGCCCUGGUUUAGAGCGGGAUGACGAAGGCAAUGCCUCGGACGACCAAACAACCUCGCCACCAGUUCUGCUCUCCCGUUCGCCCACCCUGCUGCCCACACCCAACGCAGCAGCGCCGGUAACAAAGGGUGAGUUUUGGCGGUUACGAGCAGCACACGAUUCGGUGGAGCAACUCCUGGGUAAAGAGUUGGCAGCGGAGCGACAACGACGUCAUGAUGCCGAGACGGCCAUGCAAGACAUCAAAGCUCAACUCCAGCACGAACAACACCGUAGCUCCAGCACGCACUCACGGCAUGCCCAGGCCGUGGCAACCAUCAAGCGACUCGAGCAGAGUCUCACGGCCGCCAGUUUACGCAUUGAUGAGCUGACAGCGGCACGGUCUCAAUUGCGCGAUCAGUGCCAUCGUGGCGAGGAUCGCGUGGAGAAGUUGCUUUUGCAGUUGGAGAGCCAGCAACGCCAACAACGAGAGGAGGCUGCGGCACGGCACACAAUGUCCGAGAAGCUCUUGGCUGUGAAAGAAGAAAUGCAAGAGCUAAAGAUGAGCCAGGUGGAUCGCAUAAAAGGCCUUGAAAUCGAGUUGAGUGCUGCUGUUCAAGAAGCAGACCGCUGCAAACGCGCUGAGCGCGCUGCACGGCGUCAAGUGUCUCAGUUGCAAGAACUUCUUGCCGAAAAGGAAACCGCCAACCGGACCAACAAGGAGAAUCUUGUGCGCUUGGACGGACCAGAGGUCGAGCUCAAGCUGCAGCGCAUUGAGGCGGACGCGCGGGAUCGUGAAUUAGGACUUGAGCGACAAUGGCGUGAACGCGUGGACUUUGAAAAGGAGCGCUACCGGCAAUUGGAACAGGAAUUUCAAGCUGCUUUGCAAUAUGAGGGCAGCCGUCAUCAUGAGCUUGAAACGGCGUAUCGCGACGAGAUGCACAGAGCUCAUCAACUGCAAUCAGAGCUCAGCGUAUAUCAAGCCAAGGUUGACGAGGCCGCAGAUGUGACCAUGCAGCUUACUCGUCUUGUGGAGGAACAGCGCGCAAAGCUGCACCAGCAGCAGCAUGACCUUGAUGAGGCCACGCAAUCGCUCGGUCGCUGCACUCAGGAAAUGCAACGCCACCGCGAAGUCGAAGCUGUAGCGGUCGGCAAAGCCGACGAGCUCGCUCGACAAGCUCGCCAGCUUCAGACCAAACUCACUGCGCAGGAGAGUAUCAUUCAUGGCUUGCGCGAAGAGCGCAAUCUAUGGAGCAAGGAGUUGGCCGAGCAGGGUGCAUCCUUGUCUGCCAACCGCGGCAAGCUGGAAAGCCAGCUUCAAGCUGCUCUCGAUGCUGCCGAAGCUAUCAAGGCCGAGCGAGGACGUUUGGAUGAGGCGCUACGCAUCAAGACCAAGGUGGCGGAGGAUCAGUCUGAGACCAUCAAGAAUCUUCGCGUGGCCGUCGCUGAGAAGGAGCGAGUAAUUGAUCGCUUGCGAGAUGACCUCAAGGAACAAGAAGCAGAGUGGAAAGAUCGCUUGAGCAAGGAACGCGACAUGUAUGAAACCAUCAAUGGUGAAUUGCAGACGGCGCAAGCGAAGAAAAGCGACCUCAAAGCUGCCUUUAGCGACCUCAAGAAGGAAUAUGACUUGGCGUUGCUUGACAAUGAGCGACUUCGGACACCAGCACUCAACUCGAGACCUUGGAACAUCGAGUUGGCAGCAUGCACCAGUUAUCCCAAGUGCGUCUGCAUUAGUAUUUACAAUCGACCGUUUUACUUCGUGACUGGACAGGAGCACGAGACGCAGUUGGCCAAUCUCAACAACGACAUUACGGAGCUGCAACGUGUCCUUGACGCUGAGCGGACAGAGCAUGCCGAGGUCAAAACCAGUUUGAUGGAUCAACUUCGACAGAGUCGAUUGAAACAGGAGCAACUCAACGCAGCGCUGCAAGAUGCUGGCACCGAACUGCAAGAGGCAGAACGCAGCUUGACGUCUCUGCAGCAAGAGCUGACAGCACUUCAGGCGGAGCGGGAUCGCGCUCAGCGCAACGCCGACCUGAAACUUGCGCGCAUGAAACAGCUGAUGGCUGAGUUGGCCAAUGAGGGCUGA